AUGGAAAUUCCUGUCUCUGACCCCAGCUGUGGGUACCAGCAGCAGACAUGGGAAGGCUGGAAUGGAUGGACUGGGAUCACAUCUCCAGCUGGCUCUCCUCCAUCCUGUUACUACCCCCACAUCCCAAACGAUGCACCUCAGAAUGGACUGCCUGCUGGGAGUCCUACAUCGCCAUUACCUCUGGGAAUACCAACCAGUACUGUUAAUUCAGGCUACCCACUGCAGCCGGCGUAUUGGUCACCUUCACAGCCUUCCUUCAAUGGUGUAUAUAAACCCACCCCUGAUGCCAGAAGUCCAACUCAGACAUCACCACAGGGAAUCUGCUCACCAUUGAUCAGUCCUGUAUCCAGCCCUAAAUCAGAGUCUCGCUAUGGCUUGGACCCUCAGGUGUUACCCAGUGUGGUGCAGGUUAUGAAUGAGGACAGGGCUCAGUGGGACGGGAAAGUGUUUGCUUCUGAACCCCAGUCGUCUGUCCCUCCUCUGUCUACCACUGCCUGUACUCUGGAGGACAGAGGCAAUGCAACUGCUCGAUUCAUCCGCUGCACAACCUACAGCUUUCCUGUUGAGGCCCAAUCAGCCCAACAGAGCCAUCUCCCACUUGGGGCCAUCAUCAGUCCUCUGGCCAGACCUGAGAAUGGAGAGCAGGCAGUGCCAGUGUGUGAGGUAGCAGAAUGUAUUAAAGGCUGUCGUGAGUGCGGUGCCUUUAUGAGCCCUGCUAUGAGCUGGCAGGACUGCGGGCAACGUUUCUACUGCCCUUUCUGUGGAAAACUUACCGAAGUGCCGUGGCAGUCAUAUCAGCCGACUAACAAGGGGCAGCGAAUAGACCGGGUGAAGAGACCAGAGCUCAGUUUCGGUUCAUAUGAAAUAAUGGAAAGUCAGAGGGGAGAACCUGCUGUGUUGCUUCUGGCGAUUGAUGUCACUGCUAUUGCAAUAAGAUCAGGACAACUGGAUUACAUCUGUCAGCAGCUUUCAUCCUUACUCCUGUCUCUAGAUGGAGAGGAAGAUGCUAAUCAGUCAGAUCUUCGAGUUGGUUUGAUAACCUAUGACAGUAGAAUCCACCUCUACAAUCUAAGCCCCAUGUUGUCCCGCCCCAACAUGAUGGUCAUCACUGAUACAGAGCUGGAACUUCCUGUGACAGAGGGGCUUCUUGUGCCACUCAGGGACUGCAGGCAUACAUUAGAGAGCAUUCUGCGGCAGAUCCUGCUGUUCGAUCCUGAGACGCAGGACAAUUCAGGAUCCCAAGAUCUUCCUAUUUCAGCAGCACUCAAGAUUUUACAGGCUGCAAAUUGUCCCGGGAAGCUGCUGGUCUUCCACUCUUCACCUCUUACUGAAGGCUCAAACAAACAAAGCUCUACGGGUUUCUUCUCUUCCAGCAAACCAAAGUCCAUAUUUCAGGCUCCGGACUCGUCUUCAUCGUUAGCCAAGUCAUGUGUGAGUCAGGGAUGCAGCGUGCACCUGUUUGUUUUUGCACAGCCAGAUGUGGGUGGAGCAUGGCCUGGACAUGUCCCUUUUCUUACAGGGGGGCGGCUCGUUUCCUACAACAGUCUACAGUCGGAGGUGGAACGACAGUGUUUCUCCAAAGAUCUGAGGAGGACCCUGAACACUGACGUGGUCUACAAAGCUGAGCUGAAAGUUUUUGUUAGUAAAGAAUUACAGGUGUCUAGAUGCUAUGGUUCAUGUCCCGCUGGUCCUGAAUCCAGCUGUGUUACCAUGGCAGCACUUGACUGGCACACAGCCCUGGCAAUUGAGUUCACUCAUUGUAGGUCGCUUGAUGAAACCAGGGGUGUGGCAAUACAGGCUGUGCUAUCAUACAGCAGCUCUGGAGGACAGAGGAGGAUACAGGUGCACACCGUCACUCUGGCCUGCUCUCCGAAACUAUUGGACGUGUUUCGGACCAGCCAGGCAGAGACGCUGCUCACGUUCUACUGCAAAAAGAUGUAUUGCUUAGCUUCAGAGACUCCUCUGCAGAGUCUUCGUGAGCAGCUUCAGACGGAGACCACUGAGGCUCUAGCCUGCUACAGGAAAAACUGCUGCACUACCUCCAUCUCUCCCGGACAGCUGGUGCUGCCUCAGUUUCUGAAGAUUCUCCCCAUCUACAUUAACAGUCUAAGAAAGAGUGAAGUUCUUCUCCCGAGUCUGCGAAGCUCUGUGCAUCAGCGCCUUCAGCUGCGCAGCUUUACUGUCUCCAUGGAUACUCGCAGCACCAUCCAACAGCUUUACCCGCUAGCUUUGCCUCUGCUGCUGAAUGGAGCGAGUGAUUGUAUGAACUUCAUGGAUCUGGCUGUACGAUGUUCCAUGUCCAGUCUGCAGUCUGAGAGUGUCUACCUGCUUUAUUCUCCCCUGAAUCUGUUACUCUGGGUGGGCAGCAGGAUUUCUCCUCACACUGUCACCCAGCUCUUCAACACGACCUCCUUCUCAUCACUCACGUCGGGUGAGACUAAUCUUCCUGUUCUUGAUAACCCCCUGUCGGCCAGGCUUCACAGUCUCAUCAGCACCCUACAGUCCUAUGCAGUCAUUACCCUGAAGCUGAAGGUGGUGAAGGAAGGUGACAGUUGUGAUGAAUGUCUCCAGCGGCUCCUGGUUGAGGACAGGAGCCCUAAUGGGGGAGCUUCCUACGCAGACUUCAUGUAUCACAUUCAUGUUAAUUCACUGAGGCUUGUUGUGGGAUGAUAACGGCGUUUCAUGUUUUAUGAUCUUUUUUCCCAUCAGCCUCCUUUUACUGUCCUGCUGUUCAUCAGGUCAGUGUGGAUGGGACAUGGCAGCACUGCUAGCACAGCCCGACUGUGGAUUAAGGACUAAGUCGUUCAUUAUGUACUGCUUUAUACUAACUGGAUUAUCCUGAUCAGGGUCAUGGUGGGCCCAUACCUUAAAACCUUCCUUAAACAGGAUAGGCCAGUGUAUGCCAGCGCAACACACACUAAUCUAUUCACUUACUCACUCAGGUGAAUCCACCUGCUCUGAUGUGGGUGGGAAUAUGGGAAGAACAUGCCAAAACUGCUCACAAACCGUGACGGGAGGCUCACUGGUGUUGUGCCUCAGCCUGUCCACCUGCUGUGCCACCGUGCCACCCCAGGUUAUACCACAUGCAACAUCUAAAAGCUCAAGGACUGUUCCAAUACUAGCUGUUUGAUGCAUUGUUCAGAAAGCAAAGACUUUCAAUUCAGGCAGCGAGAUAAAUCAUUAGAUAUUCAAGUUGUUGUGUCUUAAGACUUUUGGUAUUUUUGACUGUGUGCAUUACAUUUAUGCAUGUGCGUUAUUUAUUUUGUGUUUACUGAUGGUGGAAAUGUUGGCUUGAACAGACGUGUGUUCAGGAGUUCUGGUUCCUUCAGCUUUUGUUUUUAUUUGUGUGAACAUUAAUAAUAAUAUCCUGAAAAUAUUAUUAAUAAAA